UUAUCUAAAAUUCUCAGAAAUAUUCCUUAUAGUAAUAAUGUCUGCCCUUACUGCUAAACGGCAAUCUCAGAUGGGAGCUCUUGUUCCAGCAAAAAAAGCAAAACAAGAACUUGCUUUGACAAACUCCUCCAAUUCCGGAGCACUUGUGCAAAAAGGGCCACCAAGAACUUCUGGAUUACUUGCUCCAAUUAUGCUACUUACAGGACACGAGGGGGAAAUUUGUUGUGCAAAGUUUCAUCCUGAAGGAGAAUUACUUGCAUCUGCCGGUUAUGAACGACUUAUAUUUUUAUGGACUGUGUAUGGGGAAUGUGAUAACUAUCAUGUUAUAAAAGGAGGACACAAAGGCGCUAUUGUAGAACUUCAGUUCAAUACAGAUGGGAAGUAUAUUUUUACAGCAAGCACUGAUAAAACAGUUGGCAUGUUUGAUUCAGAGACCGGAGAAAAAAUCAAAAGAAUGAAAGGUCACGAUUCUAUUGUUAACUCAUGUGCAUCGUCAAGACGUGGUGAUCAGCUUGUCGCAUCAGGGAGUGAUGAUUGUACAGUAAAAGUAUGGGAUGUGAGAAGAAAAGGUGCUGUCAAAUCAUUACAAUCAACUUAUCAGGUUACUUCUGUGACAUUCAAUGACACAGCGCAGCAAAUUAUGUCUGGUGGAAUUGACAACGAUAUAAAAGUUUGGGAUAUAAGAAAUGAAAAAUCAUCUAUGUCUUUGAGAGGUCAUAAGGAUACAAUAACUGGACUGAGUUUGAGUGCAGAUGGUUCUUUUUUACUUUCUAAUUCAAUGGACAAUACAUUGAGAAUGUGGGAUGUUAGGCCUUAUGCUCCACAAGAACGCUGCAUGAGAAUAUUUUCAGGUCAUCAACAUAAUUUUGAAAUGAAUCUUUUGAGGUGUAGCUGGUCACCAGAUGGUAGUCGAAUUGCAGCUGGAUCUGCGAAUAGAUUUGUUCAUGUAUGGGAUGCCAGGUCAUCUCAGCUUUUAUACAAAUUAACACCUGGCCAUGCUGGAUGUGUAAAUGAGGUUUCAUUUCAUCCCAAAGAACCAAUCAUCAUGUCCUGCUCCAUGGAUAAACAAAUUUAUCUUGGUGAAUUGCAAUGAGUGAAAAGGCUCUUUGGCAUUCUGAUAUAUUGGUAUUCUAUUACACUACUAAUAUUAUGACUGACUGAGUGUAGUGGGAAAAUGCAUCAUUACCAUCUGCGGUUAGAAUAUUUACGUAACUUAUGGACUGCAAGCCACGUUCAUGCAUUAAAUUUGCAAAAUAUUUCUAAGACUUGAACUUGAUUUUGCAUAUAUUAAUUCAAACUUAUAAAAUAUUUGGGGUGGAAAAGGCUUCUAAAUGUGGUAUUUGAAUAUAAUCUCUAACAGUC